AUGUGUGCCACGCGCCUAUAUCACAUUCCUGACAUUGUGCAUGGACCAUCGCAGUUGGAUGAUGUUUUGAAAACUAAGAAGACUCUGGCACAUCAUCCGAUGAUAAGCGGUGGACGACGAGCAAUACUUUACCUGCGGGAAUGUGAUCGAGCCUUAUUGGUUCCAGCGCCAUUGACAAUUGGUGUGGACGAGCUGGAAUCAACGAGCGAUCUGCACACAUUUCAAUGGUUAAAUGAGUUUGGUGAACAAGCAGCGAUCAUUCGGCCGGACGUCACGAGGACUGCCAUUUCUAGACAUCCAAAAUCACGAGCGAAACUGCCAUGGACACUCAUUGUCUGUGUAGAAGACCAUCAUGACAGCAGACCGAAUUACUUAUUGCAUACCCUUGGUGUCCCGUUCGCAGGUUUCGAGAACGUGUAUAUGCCUAAUGGCAAUGUCCUUGUUCUCAAACGAAGCGAAAUAAAUUGCAAAGACAUACUCGAUGUCAAUCCCAGUGACCUAGGACUCAUCACUGAUGUGAUUGUGAACGCAUACAUUAAAGAUGAAUUGCCUGGUGCAGGUCUGAUACAAAAUUGA